UGACGUUGCAUAUAGAAUGAGAUCUGAUAUUCUCCCCAUCCAGCAUUGAGCAAAUGGUAUGCAAAAUCUGCUUCCAAGCUACGCUCAGAUUGGCAACAGUCUCAAGCACACUCCCGCUGGCCAACGGCCGCCGCUACCCCAAGUGGAUUUCAGACAUCACUAUUAGCAUAGCGCCGAACAAGAAGGAUGCAAUCAGGGAACAGGAAGCCGCAAGCGAGACCCUACGUGUCUAUUCAGAUGGAUCAGCAGUGGGCGGAGGAGUGGGCGGAGCAGCGGUUUUGAUGAAGGGAAAGAAAAUGAUCAAAGAGCGAAGAUUUUACUUAGGAGGCUAUGAAGAGCACACGACACAUGAGGCAGAGUUAGUCGGAAUUAUCCUAGCGCUCCAGCUACUGAAGGAAGCAGGAGGACAAGGCACGAUGGCAUUAGGGGAAGCCUUCCAAUCCCAACCCGGUCACUACGUCCGAGUCAUCAAUAUACUCCGUAACGCCCUCAAGGAGCUGCUGCCUAUCGAAGACAGGAGGAAGCUAACCGUCAGAUGGACGCCAGGUCACGGAGGGAUAGCGGGAAAUAUAGCGGCAGACGUACAGGCAAAGAAGGCAGCGAGAGGCGAAGUAUCAGCUGGCAACAUGCUACCCAGGUCACUCCGAACAAGAAAGAAUGUCCCCAUUAAACUACCUUUCAGCAAAUCAGCAAGUUUGUAACCAAGCAAUGCUCUCAUGGCCAGUUAAAGAGCUCGAGCGAAGCAGCAUCGAUCAUGUGAGACUCCCCGCACGUACCUCAUGUUUCAAACCCACGAACUCAAAACUCGAUCAAUCAAUUGUAACUCUUUGACAUUCGCCCUCAGUUUAUG